AUGACUACCCUCGAGGUCACCGAGCCAGGGAUGCUCAAAUUGGGCAUCUUUGAGAAGCUGGAUGCGACGCAUCGCCUGUUCGGCAUUGUGGCCGCAGCCACCGCCAUUGCACUAUACGCUCUCUAUCGAUACCUCCUCCCGAACCCCAUUCCAGGAAUUCCGUACAAUCCAUCAGCACUUGCAUCUGUAUUUGGCGAUAUUCCAGCUAUGGUCAAAAACUGCAACGGCAGCCCUAUGCGCUGGAUGGCGGCUCAAGGUCAUCGCUAUUCCAGCCCCAUCUUUCAGCUCUUUGUAACGCCCUUUGGGAAACCCUCAGUGGUUGUCACCGACUUUCGUGAAGCACAAGACAUCCUCAUGCGCCGGAAAGAGUUCGACCGGUCCGAUUUUUCGAUCGAUCUUUUGGGUGGCGAAAUCCCACACUUUCAAAUCAACCUCAAAACAGGGCCAGAAUGGAAGGGCCACCGACGACUGUUGCAAGAUUUGAUGACACCAGUGUUCCUGAAUGGCGUUGCGGCACCCAACAUUUACACGAGCGCAGUCCAUCUUGUGGAAUUGUGGAAAGCGAAGGCGCGUAUCGCAGAUGGAAGACCCUUCUCGGCAGAAAAAGACAUCUAUUUCACCGCACUGGAUGCGGUUUUGGAUUUCGGAUUCGGUGACAGCUGCCUUCAUCGGGCAUUGACUCCGCAACUCAAACUGCUCCGAUCGACAGAAGAGCAGCCGGCUCACGACCGUGUUGGUCUUGCUGGUACUGUAGAGUUUGCUGUUGUCCAGCCUCACGAGUCUAUCGAAGCUAUUUUGGCGGCCGAUGAGGUCAUCCAAGAUGUCGCGAACUCGGGUUUCAUGAAACUUACGUGGUGGUGGAAAGGCCUCCAGCCACGGCAAAGGAAGCUCAAGAACAUGCGAGCUGAGUUUGUCAGAGAGCAAACUGCCCAUGCCAUUGAAAAACUUCACAAAGAUGCGGACGAGGAGAACGAAUCCUGGGUCAAAUCUGCCGUCGAGCUGAUCAUUCAGCGGGAGCGCAAAUUUGCCAAAAAGGAAGGCCGCGACCCGGUCUAUUGGUCACCAGUCAUGAAAGAUGAACUUCUCGGCUUUAUCGUGGCUGGCCACGACACCACCAGCACUACCCUUUGCUGGGGUGUAAAGUAUCUGGCCGAUUGCCAACGCGCGCAGAAUAAGCUUCGCCAACACCUGCGGGCCGCACACGCCGAUGCGCUUGCUGAAAAACGUGCCCCCUCGCAUAAUGAAAUCAGCAAGGCCAAAAUCCCCUACCUUGACGCCGUCAUUGAAGAGAUCUUGCGGCUGGCUCACACUGCCCCAGUUAUUGAUCGGCAAUGCACCCAAGAUACGGUGGUUCUUGGGCACCACAUUCCAGAGGGUACAAUAGUACUCAUGCCUAAUGUCGGCCCCAGCUUCACGUCGCCUCCAAUUGAAAUCGACGAGAAGCUGCGUGGUGAGACGUCCCAGUUGGCGGCCAAAGAACGGGGCAUCCGUUCGUGGCCUGUGGGCGACAUGGAAGCGUUUCGGCCAGAACGGUGGCUGGUGUCUGAUCAGGAGACUGGGGAAGAAGCUUACAAUGGUACUGCCGGGCCGACGAUCCCGUUCGGAUUAGGCACAAGGGGCUGCUUUGGACGCAAGUUGGCGUACCUAGAGCUGAAGCUUCUAGUAACCAUGAUCAUCUGGAACUUCGAGUUGCUGCCGUGCCCUCAAGAGAUCUCAACCUACGGACCCAUCGAAGGCAUUACGUCCAGGCCAGAACAAUGUUAUGUUAGACUGGGUCAGGUAAUUCUUUGA